AUGAUGGAUGUGAUUGACGACGACGAUGAUGAUGAUGAUGAAUACAUAAAAUACAAAUAUCAUACAACCACCCCACUCUCUCUCUCUCUCUCUCUCUAUCUCUCUCAUUUCCUUCCUUUUUCUUUUCGUUUCUUGGGUUGUCUCCUCCUCCCCUUUCCUCCCCCCUUCUCUUCACACAUAAAAUCCACGCCUAUCACCCACCUCCCAACUUUUCCCCCAAUCCCCAGUAUUUCCCCCCCUUUUUUUUUCUAUCUCAACAUCCCAUCACUUUUAACUUCCUAAUUUGUCAAUUCCAUUCUUCUAAGAUGCCUAUGCCUGCUUGGUGGGGUAGAAAGUCUAACAAGAGCAAAGAAGAAGCUCAUCACCAUCAUCAUCAUCAACAACAAACCUUAAUAUUCGAGCUUAAUUCCCAGAAAUCCUCAAUUCAUUCCGAUUAUUCCAAUUCCAAUUCCAAUUCAAAUUCCAAUGGUAAUAAUAACAACAACAAGAGGUCCCCCAGAUGUUUAGAAGAGUUGGGUCGUGGGAUUGUGUCCCCUAAUUUAAGGGUUAAUAAUAAUAAUAUUAGUAAUAAUAAUAGCAGGGAGUUUGGGAGUUCUGGGUCUGGGAAUAUUGAUUCAGAUUGUGAGAGAAAAGUUGUGGGCCAUCCUCUUCCUAGACCUACAAAUUCUGGGGCUGCUGUUGAUCUUGGUGGUCAUGCUGUGGGGUUGUUAACAUCUGGGUCUGGUUCAAUUUCAAGUGUUAGUUCUUCCAAUUCUGAUGAUCCUCCUAUUCUUCUUGAUCAUCUUCAAUCUGGGGGUUUCAGUGGAAGGGCAAAGAGUCCUGGUCCUGCAUCAAGAGGAGCUACUGCUGCUACAUCACCUAUUCAUCCACGGUUGGUCAGUGUGAAUUCAGAUUCUCCGACAGGAAGACAAGAUGAAGGGAGUAGAGGCCAUCCCUUGCCCUUGCCACCUAGUUCUCCCAGUAGUCCGUCUUCCCUGCCUAAUGGAAGAGCUGGUUUAUUUACCGAAAACACACAUCUAUCAAAAUGGAAGAAAGGAAGGCUCCUUGGGAGGGGUACCUUUGGGCAUGUUUACCUUGGGUUUAACAGUGAGGGCGGUCACAUGUGUGCGAUAAAGGAAGUCAGAAUUGUUUCAGAUGAUCAGAACUCAAGGGAAUCUCUGAAGCAACUCAACCAGGAAAUCAACUUGCUCAGUCAGUUGUCACAUCCAAACAUUGUUAGAUACUACGGCAGUGACCUGGCUGGGGACACACUAUCAGUUUAUUUGGAAUUUGUCUCUGGUGGAUCUAUUCAUAAAUUACUUCAAGAGUACGGCCCUUUCAAGGAGCCUGUUAUCCAGAACUAUACCAGACAGAUACUCUCUGGCCUUGCUUACUUGCAUAGUAGAACCACAGUGCAUAGGGAUAUCAAAGGAGCAAACAUACUUGUUGAUCCUACUGGAGAAAUCAAACUUGCAGAUUUUGGCAUGGCAAAACAUAUAACGUCUUGUAAUUCGGUGCUUUCUUUUAAAGGAAGUCCUUACUGGAUGGCCCCUGAGGUAGUGAUGAAUAAGAGUGGGUAUAACCUUGCAGUUGAUAUCUGGAGUUUGGGGUGUACAAUUCUUGAAAUGGCGAUGGCAAAACCACCUUGGAGCCAGUAUGAAGGGGUGGCAGCGAUAUUCAAAAUUGGAAACAGCAAAGAUAUUCCAGAAAUUCCUGAUUUCUUAUCUAGCGAUGCUAAGAAUUUCUUGCAUCGUUGCCUUCAGCGUGAACCAUCUGAUCGCCCCUUAGCUUCAGAGUUGCUAGAUCAUCCUUUUGUUAAAGAUCAAUCAGUAGGAAGGAAUCUCAAUAUUAAUGCUACAAAUGAAGCAACGCCAUUCUCAUUUGAUGGAAGGCGCAAGCCACAACCCUUGGAAAUAAACCCGCGUAGAAAGAGUAUCAGUUCCUACGACACGGAUAAUAUAAGAAAACCAGGGCUCGCGAUUUGGGAGGCUAGGGAUAAUCCAAGAUCAAUCACGUCGCUGCCUGUUUCACCCUCGUCGAGUCCAUUACAUAAACUGGCACAUGCCUCCAAGAGUUGUUUUCUUUCACCGCCUCACCCAUCUUAUGCUUGGCCUGGGCAAAGCAGCUAUAAUUUGAACGAUCAUUCAGUAUCUCCAACCAGAGGACGUGCAGGCUUUACACUUGAUCCGUGGAUCGAGAGUACACUGUUUAAGACCCAAACACCCGGUGGGUCCCCUAAUCUGCGGCUUAUCUGAAUGUCAAGGCCAAAGAGUAUAUAAUCUUCCUCCAAAAUUUUCACCCUUGUUGUAUGUACAUAUGUGAUGGAGUUGCUCACAAAAGUAAAAAUGAAGUUUGCUGCAUUUUCUUCACCAAAGUUACUACAGCGCGUUGAAAGUUGAAGACUUAUCACAAACGUUUUGUUAUUAACUUGUAAAGUUGAGCAACGAGAUCCUGCUUAGCAGCAAAAAUGGCGUAAUCUACAGCUGCUGGAACAUGCAAUUAAUUGGCUCGUACAGGCGGGGUUUUUCAUCAUGCUGUAAAUUUCUCCAGUGUUGUAUAUAGAAAUUGUGUUUGCCCUCUGCAAAAGAUGUUCUUUUUUAUUUAGUUGAGAAAGCCAAAACUAGGACAACGGCUAAAGUGGGAUAUCACCAUCCAAUAGUUUGGGUGGAAGAGAGAUUUAUGGCUGUGAUAACUGACAAAGUAUAGCAAUGUUCAGAGGUCAUUAAAUUUAAUAGUUUCCAUGUCA